GCGUUUAUCACAUGAUUAUGUUAAUUAUUUUAACGCUUUUAUUAAAUAAUUGGAUUUAUGAUAUUUGCUGCAGUUAAACUGCAAUUCCAAAGUCAGUGCUUUUUCACUAGACGAACGGACACUAUGACGCAUGCUAUACAUACAUACUUAUGUAUACUUAAAUGACCUCUAGAGGGAGUUUACAGUUUACCCAAGUUUACCCAAGUUUACCGCACAUAAGAAUUGAACUCCCAUGUUGUCAAUAGUUAUAAAGGUUAUGUUAAUUACCAAUUUGUUGAUCCACAAUACAGAAAAUAAUUUCUAACAAUAUAAAUUACACAUAUAUAUAUGGAAAUAUUGAACUGAAAUAAAACCGUAUUUUGAAUUUAACGGUUACACCAUAAAUAUGAAUAUUACACUAUAAAUUAAGUAGUUAUAAAACCACGUUAAAACGUCACAUAUUUUAGAUUUUAUACAAUAGUUGAAAUAUGAGUACUCAAAAAGGAAAUUCUAAUCGAUCAAGACCACAGAAAUAUCAAAACAAAAGUGCUUUUAAAAAUGAUUUGCAUGACAAAUCGAAUAAAACAAAGCUCAUUAAUAAAAUUGAGGUUGCCAAUGUGUGUGAAAAAUGUAAAAAAAUAAUUGAAUGGAAAAUUAAAUACAAAAAAUACAAACCACUGAAGACCCCAUCAAAGUGCCUAAAGUGUGAACAAAAAGCAAUAAACAACGCUUAUCACAAAUUGUGUUUACCUUGUGCUAAACAAUUUGAAGUUUGUCCAAAAUGUGGUGAGGAAGGUAAUAUCAUUGAAGGAAAGCCAAGUAAAGAAGAUGCUAUUAAGUUAGAUGCAGAGUUACAAAAUGUUCUUAAAGGAUUACCAGAACGAAAGCGUAGAACAUUUAUACGUUAUAUAAAUCAAAAUGCAAAAGAUAAAAAUAAUAAAAAACAAAACAAAGAACAGGGUCAAGAAAGUAAACAAGAAAAAACUUCCAUAGAUACUGUAACCAGAGAAGAUUUGUUAUUAAAAUUAAAAUCGUUGGUUGUUAGUGAAGAGAAUGAUUACAAUAAUGAUUUUGAUAGUGAUAAUAAUUCAGAUUUAUAGUCAAGUUUUGUUUUAAAUAAUAUCGUACAGAAAUUAUUUAUUGGAAGAUUUCUUGUAAAUUCAUUUUACAGAUUUUCUAAUUUCAGUACAGGUCUUUUAUAAUAAAAUAUUUAUAUCAGUUUUUCCUA